AUGGCCACCACCCAAACCGCUCCCGCUGCCCUCCCCGGGGCAAAGUCCGCCGCCGCCAAGAACAAAAAGAAGCCGGCCCCGGUCGCCGACUCGUGGGAGGACGAGGACGUGGACUCGGACGGGGGCGGGGGGGCCGCGGUAGCCGCCGCGCAGCCCGCGGACCCGCCGGCGGCGCCCUCGGCAUCGUCGUCGUCGUCGGCCGCCGGCGGCUCGGGGGUGUCGGCGCCGCCGCCGACGCCGAUCUCGCCGCUGGCCCUGUCGUCGUCGUCGUCUCCGACGUCGCCGGCGUCGGCAGCGGGCAGGCCGUUCGCGCCGUCGGCCUUCGCGCCGCCCUGGCAAGCCGCGGGCGCGGGCGCGGGCGAGGAACAGGACCGCCGCCGCCCGGAGACGACGGACGCGGUGGCGCGGCGCAUGAUCGCGAGCGCGCUCGGCGUGCGCGCCCCGCGGCCCACCGACGCCCAGCGCGCGUACGACCGCGCCGCCCGCGAGCGCGAGGCCCGCCGCCGCGACGCCGAGAAGGAGGAGGCACGCCGCCGCGAGGAGGAGGCCGAGAGGGCCCGCCGCGCCGUGUGGGAGGAGUGA